UCUGCAAGUUUUCGUCCUCUGCCUCACUCUCUCUCCAGACAUGGGUGGUUUUUUGGUUUUAAACAGCAGUAACAAUGUUGUGAGGACAGUUCCAUCAAAGAAGAGGAAACAUCCUGAAUAUAAGAGCAAGAUUCGCGAGCUUAUCUCAGGGAUUAGGAGUGACAAUCUCAGAGAAGCUGUGAGACUACCUCAAGGUGUAGACAUUAACGAGUGGUUCGCCAUGAACACUGUAGAUUUCUUCAACCAAAUAAGCCUUUUGUAUGCUACUCUUGAAGAGUUCUGCACACAGACCACUUGUCCAGUUAUGAAUGCUGGAAGAUAUGAGUAUAGAUGGGCAGAUGGAACUACUAUAACUAAGCCAAAAACGGUUUCAGCCCCUAAAUAUGUUGAGUAUCUCAUUGAUUGGGUUGAAACUGAGAUCGAUAACGAAGCCAUCUUCCCGAAAAACCCUGGAGAACCAUUCCCUCCAAACUUUGAGGAUUUCGUGAAGCGGAUUUUGAGAAAGUUGUUUCGUGUCUAUGCACACAUCUAUUAUUCUCACUUUCAUGAGAUUGUGGCUCUCAACGAACAAGCUCAUCUCAACACUUGUUUCAAGCAUUUUCUUCUAUUCGUAUCUGAGUUCCAGUUGGUUGAUAAAGAAAAAGAGAUGGCUCCUAUUAAAAGUCUAGUGGAAACUAUGUUGGACCAAUAG